AUGUUGGGCAUCAGCGCCAGUGGGAUGGUGGAGCAGGCUUACCUGAUCUACUCCAGCAGCGUGGCAGCUGGUGCCCAGAGCGGGAUUGAAGAAUGCAAAUACCAGUUCGCCUGGGACCGCUGGAACUGCCCUGAGAGAGCCCUGCAGCUGUCCAGCCAUGGCGGCCUGCGCAGUGCUAACCGGGAGACAGCCUUCGUACAUGCCAUCAGUUCUGCCGGCGUCAUGUACACUCUGACUCGGAACUGCAGCCUUGGGGAUUUUGACAACUGUGGCUGUGAUGACUCCCGCAACGGGCAGCUGGGGGGUCAAGGCUGGCUGUGGGGAGGCUGCAGUGACAACGUGGGCUUCGGAGAGGCAAUAUCCAAGCAGUUCGUUGAUGCCCUGGAGACCGGACAGGAUGCCCGGGCAGCCAUGAACUUGCACAACAAUGAGGCCGGCCGCAAGGCGGUGAAGGGCACCAUGAAACGCACGUGUAAGUGCCACGGCGUGUCUGGCAGCUGCACCACGCAGACCUGCUGGCUGCAGCUGCCGGAGUUCCGCGAGGUGGGCGCGCACCUGAAGGAGAAGUACCACGCAGCUCUCAAGGUGGACCUGCUGCAAGGUGCUGGCAACAGCGCGGCAGGACGCGGCGCCAUCGCCGACACCUUUCGCUCCAUCUCCACGCGGGAGCUGGUACACUUGGAGGACUCCCCAGACUACUGCCUGGAGAACAAAACGCUAGGCCUGCUGGGCACGGAGGGCCGAGAGUGCCUGCGGCGCGGGCGGUCCCUAGGCCGCUGGGAGCGCCGCAGCUGCCGCCGGCUCUGCGGGGACUGCGGGCUGGCGGUGGAGGAGCGCCGCGCCGAGACCGUGUCCAGCUGCAACUGCAAGUUCCACUGGUGCUGCGCGGUCCGCUGCGAGCAGUGCCGCCGGCGCGUCACCAAGUACUUCUGCAGCCGCGCGGAGCGGCCGCGGGGGGGCGCUGCGCACAAACCCGCGAGAAAACCCUAAGGGUCUCCUCUCCCGCUCCUUUCCCCAUUUGUCCUCGGCUUCUUUUAGAGACCCCAGUAAUAGAGGAACCUAGAGAUGCGGAUCCCGCACUCGCAAGCCCAGGGAUCCCGAGAGAGACGCUGCAAUCUCCGGGGAUGUCACUUUCCAACCUGUUUUCCCAUUUCCGGGGCGCUCUCUGGGAG